GCUCUGGGUGGGAGGUGGGCACAGAAGGCGCUACAAAAACGCUAUGCUCCGUGUUUCCUUCUGCGCUCCCCCGUCCUCCCAGGCCAGCCCCGGGGACCUCUGUCACCUUGCUCCUGCCUCCAGCCCAAGCCACCCCACGACUAGGUGGGAAUCCUCCUCCUCCUCCUGGCUGGUCACCUCCCCCUCUUCACCCCCUGGACCGCUGUCAGGGUGAUCAUCGGUCACCUGCACCCCGGAUGUCCCCGGAGGCGCUGCCACACGAGGCAAAGGCACCAUGGACAGCCGGCCCUCGGACGGGAGCCAGCGCUUAUCCAAAGGCAGCGCCCUGCACUCGGAGAACCAGAGCUACUGGACCACGGAGCGCGACGGCGAGGUGCGGCUCCGCCUGGGCAGGGACGCGAAUGACCAGGAGGCGCCGCUCACCGUGCACGACAUGGUCAUGCACUCGGCCGUAAAGUACGUCAACUACAUCGCGCUCGGCACCAAGCGCAGGAACCACUGGCACCUGCUCACCUACGGCGAGUACUACGAACUGUGUCGCCGCGCGGCCAAGGGCUUCCUCAAGCUGGGCCUGGAGCGCUUUCACGGCGUAGGCAUCCUGGGGCUCAACUCAGAGGAGUGGGUGAUCGCCAACAUCGGGGCCAUCAUGGCAGGAGGCUUCUCUGUUGGCAUCUUGUCGACCGCCACCCCGAAAGCCUGCCAGAUCAUCGCCAAGAAGGCUGAGAUAAACGUGUUGGUGGUAGACACCGAUAAACAACUUCAGAAGAUCACCCAGAUCCAGGGCUCCCUGAAGCACCUCAAGGCGAUCGUGCAGUAUGAGGACGCCAUCCAGACGGCGCGGCCCGACCUGUACUCGUGGCAGAGCUUCCUGGACCUCGGCAGCGACGUCUCCGAUGAGGCGCUGGACCACAUCAUGGACUCGCAGAAGCCCAAUCAGUGCUGCACCUUGGUCUACAGCGUGGGGGCCACAGGUCCCCCCAAAGUCAUAAUGCUCAGCCACGACAAUAUCACCUGGACCACCGCGGUCACCGCCCAGAGCCUGUGCUACAAGUUUCCGCCCGGAGGGCAGGAGGUGCUGGUGAGCUACCUGCCCCUCAGCUACGUUUGCGCUCAGAUCUUCGACAUGUGGCUGGCCAUCGCUGUGGGCGGCGCGCUGUACUUCUCUCCCCAGGAGGCCAAGAGCCUGAGCCAGGCCCCGCACCCGCCUGGCGCCGUGAGUACUGCCCCGGGCCCGGGCUCACUCCGGAACGGCUCCAGAACCCCACUGGCCGUGCGGCCUCCGUCCCUUCCUGUCUGGGCCUCAGUUUCCCCAUCUGUGAGGCGAAACAGAUGUGAGCUGUCAUCCUGGGGCACCACGCAGUGGCCCCCACAAGCAGGGGCUGACUUACUUUUCUCAUUGGUAGAAUACCCGAUAAUCGCCACCCGCCAGGACUUCCGGCUGCUCAGCAGUGGGAAGGGGCUCCCCAACACCCGCACCAAGGUGAAGGAGGAAGAUGAGGAGGGUAUUGGCAGCAUUAGCAUCUGGGGCCGGAACAUCUUCAUGGGGUAUGUCAUCGACAACAAGGGCACCAUGCAGAAGACGGACUGCUAUGGCUGGCUGCACACAGGGGACCUGGGCUUCUUGGAUGUCGACAACUUCCUCUACAUCAGGGGCAACGCCAAGGACAUCAUCACACUGAGCUCAGGGAAGAUGAUCAACCCAAGCCCCAUUGAGGAGCGGGUGAAGACCUACAUCCCCAUCGUCCACUACGUCAUGGUGGUGGGCCAGGACGCCCCCUACCUGUGCGCCCUCCUCACACUGAAGUGCCAGGUGAACUGGGAGACAGGGGAGCCCCGCACGGCGCUGACCAGCGAGACUGUGGCCCUGUGCCGGAGCCUGGGGAGCCAGGCCACCAGGCUGGUGGACAUUGUCCACAACUGCGACCCCAUCAUCGCCGACUUCAUCAGCAAAGGCAUGGAGGCUGUGAACGCGGAGGCCACCUCGGACAGCGCCAGGGUUGUCAAGUGGGCCGUGCUGGACACAGACUUCUCCGUGAGCGGCGGGGAGCUCGGAGUCACCUCAAGACUGAAGAGGGAGGCUGUGGCAAGGAUAUACAAAGCAGAGAUUGAGCACUUCUACAAGGAUGCGCGGAGUCUCUAGUGGCCAGGGAAGGUCUUGGCAGGUCUGCAACUCGCUCCCUGUGUGAUGUCAAGGGACCUGUUCCUAGAGGGCCACAGAUAGAAGGGAAAAGAGCCUCUCUGGCUCUGUCUUCAAGUUGAAAAGAAUAAUAAAAUC